ACAGAGUCAAGGAGAGAGUGUUUCGAAAGAUUGCAGCAAGUUAUUAACAAAUUAAUUCAAAUUUCUACAUAAGGAAAAUUUUUGAAAUGUCUUUUCUCUGUGGAGUAUGUGAAGGGUUUUAUGGAAAACCAUGGAGAUCGGAUCAAAGAAAAUCUUUAUUUGAACGCAUGAACAAAAUCGGACUUAAUACUUAUUUAUACGCUCCAAAAGAAGAUUUAAAGCAUAGAGCUAAUUGGAGGGAGUUAUAUACAACAGAAGAAAGCGACGAUUUAGCAUCUUUAAUCCAAUAUGCUCAGAAGAAUAAUGUUAAAUUUAUAUACGCUCUCUCUCCUGGAUUAGACAUCAGCUAUAGUAAUAAUGAAGAAUUAAACAAACUAAAAGCCAAACUACAUCAAGUUUCUAAAUUAGGAUGUACAGCAUUCGCAUUAUUAUUUGAUGAUAUAGAAACAAAGAUGUUCCCUGAAGAUGAAAAUGAAUUUGGAACUUUCGCCAAAGCCCAAUGUCACAUUACAAAUGCAGCAUAUAGCGAUCUUAAGGAAUGCGAUCUGUUCAUGUUCUGUCCAACAGAAUAUUGCAGUACACGAGCUGAUCCUGAUGUGAAGAGCUCAUUAUAUUUACAAACUAUAGGUUCAAAUUUAAACAACGAUAUUCUUAUUUUAUGGACCGGGCCUAAAGUUGUAUCCAAGUAUAUUACUGUGGAUAACAUAAUAGAGCUACAAGAACAAAUUAAACGGAAACCAAUAAUUUGGGACAAUAUUCACGCAAAUGAUUACGAUCAAACAAGAAUAUAUCUUGGACCUUAUAGAGGAAGAGAGUCUGGUAUUAAGGAAUUCGUAGCAGGAAUUCUAAGUAAUCCGAAUUGUGAGUUUGAAGUCAAUUUUAUACCUCUUCAUACCUUGGCCCAAUGGUGUGAUCCGCUAUCUUUACCCUUAAUGGACGACAGCUUUAAAGAACAAGAGCCGGCGAAGAGCUCUGAAACUGUUGACUAUCAUCCAGAUGUAGCUUUAAAAAGAGCGAUUAAAGCGUGGGUUCCAUAUAUAUAUACAUCAGUUGGAACGGAAGGUAUAACACCAGCAUCAUUCGAUAAUACCGAUUUUGAGCAACAUAAAAAGAAAUUAAAAAAGAGACUCUCGGAUGAUUUAAUUAACGAAGACGAUCUGUUAUUACUAGCCGAACUUUUCUAUUUGCCUGAAGAGUAUGGUUCAGUUGGUAUUCAUUUGUUAACCGAAGCUAGCUGGUUAUUAAAUAACGCUGAUUCAGUAAAUGAACAAGAAUCAAAUUCUCGCGAAAUAUCAACUAAAAAACCAAUAUGUCCGGAAGGUAGGAGCUGGCAUAGAAGGGCGUUAGAUUUCCAUGAUAAACACGCGGAGAUUUGCGACAUGAUGGAUAAAUUAUUGAAAAUACCGAAUAGAGCUUUUUUGUACGAAAUCUAUAAUUAUGUUUCUGAUUUACGAAAUGUUCUCAGUAUGAUUAAUUCUUAUGUAACUUGGCACGGAUUAGGGAGGAAAACUCGAGAACCUUUUAGCAGAGAUGAACCUGAACCGUGGGUAAAGCACGGAGGAUUACAAGGUGAAUUUCGACGACUACUUAAUGUUGAAGGAAAAUACGAUUUGUUUCCUAGGAAAUCUUCAGUACCAAAAGUAUUUACCGUAAGAAACUUUCUAAAAUCUGAUAAGGAAAAAUUAUACAAGUUCUUUGAAAGCGACAAGGAACUGUUUCCAAACUUUCCUAAUAUGCUUGCCGAUCACGUAGUUGGCGUUCAUAUCGAAUUAGAACCUUCUUUAUGUUUCAUUCUAGAAGAUGAUUUCACCAAUAUCAUCAGCUUCGCUCUAGCAACUAUAAAUAUUAAGGAUUUUAUGAAAAAAGCCGAAGAAAGCUAUAUUGUAGAAUUAAAAAAGAAGUACAACCUACAAUUAUUCCCUGAGGAGCAACUUACUGAAAUGGAAAGGUCAACUAUCGAGAGAUUGAAUAAUCGUGGGAAAGUUCACGAUGGUCUCUGCGACAAAUAUCCUGGAUUUUUGCAUUUCAUUACCAAUUCACACCAUUUGGCCGAUAAAGAAUCGUGUGUAGGAAUGCAGAAAUUACUCUUAACCGUCAAAAAUUAUCUAAAACAAAAUGGUGUACAAGGAGUUCACUGCUGUUUGGAUUCAAGUCAAUCUAAAAUCAAAGAUAUCUAUUAUAAAAUAGGUUUUAUAGAUUUUAUGAAGAAGAAAGAAGAGAGCAAAAGCGAUAUUUUAAUCUUAAAAUUGUAG